CAUUAACAAUUCUACUUGACAACAGGACAGUGAGUGUGCGGCGAACUGACAACAUAGCCGAGACGUAGGAGACGCUUGGGAAGCGGCGCGCGUGAAAAGAGCGGGAAGCCGUCAUUUGCCUGAGAGCGAGAGGAGUGCAGCCGUUGGCCGGCGAAAGCGCGAAAGGGCCACACCACUAGCCGCCCUAGCGUGGUCUUCGCACGGAGAGAGACAGAGAGGGUACCGACGAUCUUGUAAAGGAUGGAAGACGACGACCAGACCUCGUCGGAGUGGUCUCCGGUGAUCUCCACCGCUGCGUUCGCGGCGUUGCAGGGCGUGAUCGUGUACGCCCUGUUCGAGUGCUGGCGAAGGAACAAGAACAAGCGCGGCAUCUACCAGCCGAGGCAGACCCAACGGCCUCACCGCACGCCUUGUGAACCUAGCGCAGGACCGUUCUCGUGGCUGGGGUCGAUCGGCAAGGUGGACGACUCCGAACUGCUCAAGAUGGUCGGGAUGGACCACUACGUCCUCCUCAGGCACUGCCUCAUGGGCUUCAAGCUCACGGCGUUGCCGGCGCUGCUGGGAAUUGUGUUGAUGGUGCUGGUCUACCGGACCGGAGGGAACGGCGAGGUGAACUUCAACGAGGUCACCAUGGCCAACGUGACGAAAGGGAGCACCAGGCUGUGGUACUCUGUGGCCUUCAUGUACAUCGUCGUCCUCUGGACGCUCUUGCUGUGGUGGAAAGAGUGGGAGAACUUUGUGCCCAAGAGGUUCAAGUUCCUGGCAGAGGGAGACCCGGACAUGAACAAGGAGGUGGCGUUCGCGACCAUGGUGGAGAACAUCCCCGAGGACAAGCGCUCCUCGCCGGCGCUCUACGGCUACUUCGACAACCUCUUCCCGGGCAAGGUUUCGUACGCCAGCCUGUGUAUGCACUCGAGUGACCUCGAGGCAACUCUGGAGAAGAAGCAGGAGGCUCUCGAGAAGAUCGAGCACGCCGUGGCGCAGAGGCACCUCGAACCCCCUAAGGAGACCAUGACCAGGGUGGGCGGGGUUGCCUGCUGUGGAGGAGAGAAGGUGUCUAGCGAGGUGCAUUUCAAGGGAGAGCUCGCCAGGCUUCUCGCCGAGGCCGAGAAGGAGCACUCCCGCAUCAGCCAGGACGCUUCUAAGGGUGCCGGUUCAAGCGUGGCGUCGUCUACCGGUUUCGUGGCCUUCACGUCCGCCGCCACUAAGCUCGCCGCCGCCGGCCUCAGCCUGUCCGGAAAGCUUAACAACAUGGAUGCCCACAAUGCCCCUGCGCCGAACGAUGUGAUCUGGGACAACGUGACUGCUCCCGCUCUCUUCGUCGAUGGAAAGAAGAAGAUCGCCAACUGCGUCUGGAUGGCCGGGAUCCUGUUCUGGGCUAUCCCCGUGGCCGUAGUGCUUGCUAUCUCUGACCUGGACGCCCUGAAGCAACGCUGGGACUGGAUCCCUCUCCCUUCGCCGAGCUCCUUCCUGUACGGCCUUAUCGCCGGUCUGCUGCCCGUCGUUGCCCUCGCCGUCCUCACCGCUCUCGUGCCCAUCGUCAUCAGAUUGGUGGCCAUCAAGUUCUGCCGCAUGAAGUCCGAGGCGGAUGUGGACCUCUACGUGUUCAAGUGGCACUUCGGAUUUCGAGUGGCUAACCUGUGGCUCCUCAUCAUCGGAGGUUCUAUCAUCAACCAGCUCGACCCCUUCGUCAAAGACCCCGGUUCAAUCGUCGACCUCCUCGGCGUCUCGGUUCCCGGCAAGGCUCAGUUCUUCUUGAACUCGCUGAUUGUGUCUCUCCUGGCCGGACUGGCCAUGGACCUCAGCAGGAUCAUCCCCCUCAUCAUCAAGACCAUCAUGGGAGCGCUGGCCGAUGAUGUUGGCAAGUCUGACCGUGAGCUGAGGAACGCUCAGGCCGCGCCGUCGUUGAACUGGGGUGUCUUCUACCCGGAGCUGCUGUUCGUGCUCCUGAUCGUGUUCUGCUACGCCGCCAUCGCCCCGAUCGUCUUGCCCACGGCCUGCCUGCUCUACCUGGGUUCCUACCUGGUGUACAAGAACCAGGCCCUGUACGUCUACGUGCAGACGGCGGAGAGCGGGGGAGGGUCUAUGUACCUGCUGUUCAGCUUCAGCAUGGCAUGUCUGUACAUCGGGGAGGUGGUUUUCCUUGCGUACAUCGGCAUCAAGGACGGCUCCUACGAGACGAUCGCUGCGGUCGUGCUCAUCUUCAUCACCAUCUUCUGGCACAUGCAUGUGAACAAGAAGUUCGUGGAGAUGUCCAAGGUCCAGUGCCUCGAGGCCGCCGUCGCCGCGGACAACAAGCUUCUCAAGGCCACCGCUGCCCAGGGACCUUCGUCGUCGGCUGACCAUCCCUUCGAGGGCAAGGCGUACGUGCAGAGUUCUCUCAAGAAGAGCGAGUGGGAGACAUCCCCCGAGGGUUACCGUGACCCUGCCAACGCGUCCAAGCUCCCGGGCUCUGAGGUCGAACACCGCAUGGUCGAGGAGGUCUCGGGCGCCGCCCUUAACGCGUGAUGAUGACGACGGUGAUGCAUCGUUCACUCGUCCUAUGUGGUUGUUGUCGUUGUUGUUGUGACGAUGAUCGUCGUUGUCGUCUGGAUUUGUUGCUUGUCUUGGGGGGGGGGCGUUAUUCGUUUUUUGCAUUCCUCUUGGUUUUUUUUUGGGGGGGGGGGACGGAGGUUGAGGUUUCUCUGCUGCGGCGGUAGGAUACCUAGCCUGUGUAGAGAAAAAGGGGUCAUCGUAGCAGUAGUUCUGCUCCUAUCCUUCCCUCUCCAGGAACUUGGCCCUCUUGUGGCCGAUUUAGGUAACUCAUGGCUGACCACCCUCUUGUCUACCAUAGGAGAUGUAAGAAUCCUUGACGGCCACGCGAACUGACGGACGGUGCAUGAGUUUACCUCCCGCCCUCGAGAAGAAGGGGGCGACAAAACGUGCCCGCUACGUACUGCACCCGGGUUUGCGUCGAGGAGGGUUCGGGGUUGUAUGCCGAUUUUGGAGUUGUUGCAUCUCUCGAAGGAGAGAACGAGUUACGGUCGUAGCUGUAUGUUGCUGGCCGGUGAACGGCUAAGGAUGCAUUCCGCAGGAUACAGCAAGGACGCAUGAUGAGGAGCUACGAUACUACUAAAUGAGAUGAAGAGCUAGGAGUGUUUUGCUUAAUAUCGGCUUGUUGGAGGUGGGGUUGGUAAAGGGGGGGUAUGCGGCUGUAGAUGCGUGCAGCAGGGGGGGAAACCUCAUUUUACGCCCUUGUGAUGUAUAUGUGGGCCUGAGCGCAGAAGAUGAUGACAUGACGAGGAAGACGGUAGAAAUGCUACACCGACUUUCUUCGGGGCAUUUUUCGCGUUAAAGGCAGACACAGGCAGCACGCAGUGGUGAUGGCGUUCUUGUCCUUGUCCAGGUGGGGGGGACACAAAGGCGCGCGAUGGUGAUGAGGAGGAAGAGGAGGAUGGGCCAUUGUUGUUUUCGUUGCUGUUGUCCGUCCGACGGAGCAUGAAGAUGAACCUGAAAAAAUGAACCAAUAAUAUGGGCGGUCUGGCAACAAGCGUCUUGCUACUGCUGUGGAGCGCGGGGAGAGGGCAGGGUGACAGGCGGCAGGUAGCAAAGACCCCAUCGUGUUGAUUACGCGAGUCAGUCCUCAGGUUCAGCUGGAUUUGGUUGCUGGGCACGACGCACGCUUUCGUCCGGGCGGGGAUAUAUAUAUAUAUAUUUUUUUUUGCCUCGUGAGGUCCAGGUCCAGUCCGGGCAGGGAAAGAGACAAAAGACAGCCAUACGUCGGCGCGUGCGGACGACGCUCUAUUUGUGCCUCGUACGGGAACACUCGUUCGUGUUUUGCAAAGGUGUGGUUCAUCUCGCCUCGAAGUGAUGGGGAGAAACAAACGCAUUUUUUUUUUCACGCCAUGAUGUGGAUUGUGUGCACGCAUGAGUGGUGGUGUUGGUGGAGCUUUGAGCAGCACUACUACUCUGUGGACAGGCACGCCUUUUGGGUUGUUUGUUAUUAUUUCGCCGCGGGACGCCAGCCGUGUGGCUGGUUGUUGUCCGUAUGACGCUUCAGGUACGAGCGUUACGAUUUGAAAUGGGCACGCGUCCACUCGGCCGCUCUCUCUUUACUUUUAUCAUUACUUUUAAGUUUCGGUUUCAGACCGGGAGGUUGGUUGUAGCGCCGCUGUUUUGUUGGUAACGCAUGGUUCUCUUGGCUCCCGUCAGGGGUGAACGAGUCGGAUUCACACGGCGGCUCGGUUCGAUUUGUCUCUUGUUUUGCUUCCUUCUUCGAGGAGUUAGGGCCCCUUGUGGGCGUUUGGUUGUGUGAUUUCGGUGCGCACGUAGAGGACGUGCAAAAUGAAUGGGUAGAAAUUGGUUCGAUUUAACUUGGACUCUUAACUGGUUCGGCAUUUUUACGGUGUUGGGGGAGGUAGACGUAUGUAUACACGCGUGUUGUGAGUGAAGGGCCGGGACGAAGCGAGGAAGGCGUGCGCAGCAGGAAGGGAGAGCGGGGAGAAGCGGCGACAUUCAUGCGACCGAAGAGGGAAAGUAGUAGAGGGCCGUCUCUUUGUCGCGCUCCUUGUCUUGGCGGUCUUUCGCCUCACGGCCGCUGUUGCUACCCUGGCUGAUGCACAACGGUGCGUUUCGAGUAGUACACUGAACUGCUACUGUACGGGAACACGGGGGGG